AUGGGUUGGCGCGCUUUCGUGAAGCCCGUAUUUGUUGUGUGCUAUUCUUUACUUAUAUGUAUUACACUACCUUUCCUCAUCAUAAAGCUGUACGAAAAGUCAGCUCCAGCAAUAGUUAGCGCGUGGUUCGUUGCUGGACUUUUUGUUCUAGGGGCAAUACCUAUAUCAUUGUGGACAAUUAUAGAGCACAUGAUCAAUUACACUAACCCACUUCUUCAGAGACACAUCAUCAGAAUUUUGUGGAUGGUACCGAUCUAUGCUGUUGAUGCGUGGAUGGCACUGAUUUUUCCAUCCUUUGCAAUCUAUUUUGAUACGUUGAGAGAAUGUUACGAAGCCUAUGUGAUUUACAAUUUCCUUGCAUUUUUGCUGAACUACUUGAGGAGCGAGUUUCCUGACAUACGAUGCGUCAUUGAACAGAAGCCACAAGUGAAACACUUGCCACCGUUUUGUUUCUUAAGCUCUUGGAAAAUGGGAAGAGUAUUCAUUGACCAUUGUCGUCAUGGGGCCCUACAGUACACCGUCAUUCGUCCGCUGACUACUGCCAUUGCACUCAUAUGUGAAAUAGUUGGCGUUUACGGUGAAGGGAACUUCAACUUUCGCCAUGCGUUUCUUUACUUGACUAUUAUAAAUAAUAUUUCGCAAAUUUGGGCACUUUAUUGCUUAGUAAUGUUUUAUCGAUGUACGCAACGAGAAUUGAGUCCAAUAAAACCGGUUGCCAAAUUUCUAUGCGUUAAAUUCGUCGUUUUCAUGUCCUUUUGGCAGUCCAUUUUAAUCGCAGUACUUGCUGCUACUGGUGUUAUCAGGAAAGUGGAAGCCUGGAAAUUAUAUGACGUCCACUCUAUUGGUAUUGCUUUGCAAAAUUUCGCUAUAUGUAUCGAAAUGUUUAUUGCAGCAGUAGCCCAUCACUUUUCCUUCUCCUGGACACCGUAUGUGGAUCCUAACUCGGAACCAACUAAUUGUUGUUACUCUUGGCGAUCUAUGUGGGAUGUAUCAGACAUGCGACGAGAUGUUGUAGAACAUGUUAGACACAUUGGUCAUACCGUAAGACAUUUUAACUUCUCCUCUGACCGUCGACUUUCACGCUGUCACAACGUUUCAGGAACUUAUCAUGGUGUUGUAUCUCUUGAUGCCGAUGCAAUUGACUGUGAUAACAUCGUGUACGGUGAUAGCGAAACCAAUCCUCUACUCUCAAAUCCGGAUGCUAGUUCUGAAGUGGAAACUGAAUCUGAAUUACCUCAUGUUUGGAAUUCCGGUGAAAACAGUCAAAUUGAAAAGAUAGUCUAA